AUGAAGUAAUUUGAGCGGUAUAAUACUAAUCUUCACAAUCACUUAAUUUGUGAUCCCUCGGACAAGACAGGAGAGAAAAAACAGAAACAUAUUUUCAGUUUGAUUGAAUUCGGAGCCCUCGAUCACAUCAUUCUCACCUGCAAACGAGCGACUGCAUGCCCAGAAACCCUCCGACACGCCGCGUUCGGACUCGCCAAUCUCGCCCUCUACUCGUGUUUCGAGGGAAAGAAGAAGAUAAUCCAGCGAAAAGUGCCCGAUUGGCUAUUUUUCCUGGCCAGUCAAAAGGACGACGUGACCAGAUAUUACGCAUGUCUGGCGAUUUGCGCGUGCGCCAGUGUCAAGGAACUCGAGCCGGCUGUCACGAAAUCAGAUGCUCUCAAAUUGGUGGAGCCUUUCCUGAACGCUCACGAGACACCAGUUUUUGCCAUAGAACACAGUAAAUAUGCGCAAGGAAGGCCGAAAGAAUGGCUGGAAAGGUAAGGGUAAAACGACGGAACGGUCACCAUAAAAGCGCUUCAGACUGUUGCCGAUGCUCAAGUCGUGUCGUCGGGAAGCUCGCGGACUCGCUGCAUUCCAUUUAACCCUCGAGGCGACCAUAAAGAAAGACCAGAACAAACUGGACGUCUUCCAAGUGAGUGUCCCUUUGAAAUGUUUGACGAAACAUGUCGAAAUUCGGCAAAAAAGCGUGUUACCCACACUUUUGUCCGCCACAAUUCGGCCACCACAGACACACAUUGAUAGUGCACUGAUAAGUGAAUCUGAAGCUAAGUGAGGCGUCGGCCGUAUGGUUUGUGACGCGAUCUUCGCGUUCAUUCGUUUUUUUUCGCCGGAAAUACGGAAUGCCCUUUCCGUUCAGAACUACACACUCCAAUCCGAACGAACUGUAAACAACUGCAUACAGUCGCGUGACCGGGCCUCGGUUGGUGUAGUCGAUCUUGAUCUUGGAUUAAGAAGAACAGGCUUCCGAAGCACUAAUUUAUCCAUUACGCAGCUACAAGACUACGGUAAUCGGCGGGAUACUUCAAGUCCAAAAAUGUUGCUCCGGAUCAUUUAGAACGCACUCCCACUCUCUGUUUCAUUUCUUCCGUGGCAAUGAGUAGGAGGUAGUUGUUGCUCUUUAUCAAAUGUUCAAACAAACCACUACUAAUACUUCCCCUUCUGUUGUGUUUUCCUCCGUUUUUCCUUCUCUCUCUCUCUCUCUUUCUCUUUCUCGGCUUCUUCGCAUUCCAACCUGCAUUCCGAUCUACUCUUUUCGAUCACUCAUAUGCUGAUUAUCAUCGGUCCUUCCGUUCCGCGCGGAAGUUCGUUCCGCGAGCCUUCCAUCUGUUAUUGUUGAUUCCGCCGUCGCCGCCACCUGAGGACGUAUGAAUCACCGCUUCAAACACAAUGUGUGUGGCCGAUGACGCAUGUGCGAAGAAUGAUUCGAAGCGGGGAGAUGCCCCCGGGGUUAUGAAUAAAAUCCGAAAUAUGAAUGAGGCAUUCACGAAACAUUUCGUUAUCGGUGACGUAGUUCGUGUGCUCCAGGAACUAUCACACCACUGAUCAACAUCACCAUCAUCAUCAUCAUCAUCAUCAUCAUCGUCAUCGUCGUCGUUGUUAACAUGACCAUCAUGGCGCCAUUUCAGAGCAAAAAUUGCAACGAAAAGUGGAAAAGUCAUGCUUUCUUAUCGGCACCCGCCCUAGAUUAUCAUCUUUCUUUCGUAAAAUGCGUGCGGCUGAGUCAAAAAUGAUCUACUCGACCGUCCCUUUUUGUCGACCGAUAAGGUCGUGAGUCGGCUUGCGAUGCGGAUGCACACCACAAUACGAACUUUGUCUACGUCAACAGUCUUCCAUCUGCUGACUGCAUGACCGCUUCGAAAUCCGGCUGAUGACGUCGAAGGGUCGUCAAAGUAAAAAGCACACAGCAAAAGAGUACAGUAAGCGACCGGUCCCGUCAGGUAAUCCUUUCGUCUCUUCUCUGUCGACGUCGUCGUCGUCGUAUUCGUAGUUAUGCACCGUAAUUGGCACUCGGGCAAUGAUGACGUAGAACGAGGACGCAUUCUGAAUCACACCUUCUGCAAUUGUUUCUUAGAAGAAGAAGAAGCCGAAGAAGCCGAAGAAGAAGAAGAAGAAGAAGGAGAGGAAGACGAUUACUUUCCCUUUCAGUCCUCCUUCGCUGAAUACGUUAACGGGAGGAAAAGGGACGUUGAACCGAAGAAUCGGACUGGAUUGGGUUUGCAGGCAUUUGCAGGACAGGAAAGAUUCAAACGGACUGACUGACGCAAUAAAUGUGCACACGGACCCCCCAGAUGGAUUGCGUCAGUUGAGCACAAAGAAAGUGUUGCGUGGAUGGGAUAGAAGAAACCCGAGACGAAGAUGCGAUGAACUGUUUGGCUGGACGUGGCGCAAUGUGCUUCACCGAUUCAAGAAAGUGCAGGUGUUCCGAGGUUGAGUCGGUUGCGUGGCAAUAUUUGAAUCCGUGCUCCGUCUGAGCACAGUCCCUCCUUUUUGUUGUCUGUGGUUGCGGUCGGUUCUUCCCACGCGUGCGUCCAUCAAUCCGAUCACGUAGAUCACGCGAACGACGAGGACGGCGGCGCCAAGUGACUCGGCCGAGACACUGUUUUGUUGUUUGUAUGUAGCCGACCUCUCAACACAAACAGGAUGCCAGAUCCCUAAGAGAGUUAGGGUUAAUACCCUCUGGUUUACACCAGACACCCUCUCUCUCUCUCCCUUCCUCUCUAUUUUGGGCCCUCCGCAUCGCCGAAAAUAGAAACCAGUUCCCAGUUCUUCUUCCUCUCUGAGUGCCAAUGUAUCAGAGAUCGAAAAAACAGAAACAACACUCGUCCCGGGAGUGAUCUUUAGAAACGUUGUGAGAUUGUAGCAGGCUGUACUUCAAUUGCUGGGACCGUGUUUUUUGUGUCGGCUACACAAUCAUUAAAAGAUCUACAGAAAUUAGUCUGAUUCGAGUGUCGUUUGUCACGUACACAAUCGUACUCUGUAGCCAUGUGCCACGUGGCACUUCGGAGGCAAAGUAUCAUGAAGAUUAUGAUGCUGAUGAUGAAAAAGAACAAAUAUUUGGCACACCACUCUCUCAAUUCUUCUUUCUUCCCCAUUUUGUCCAUUUCCUGGCUCUUUUUUUGCCCGGAAGAACAUACAAAAACCGGUCUUCUCCCCCUUUCCUUCUGCUUUAGCGCUGACCUUUUGCGGAAGCGCUUCCGCGCGGAAACGUUGCGGAAAACGACGAAAGUAUUGCGAAACAUUUCGCAUUCUUGGCUACCUCCCUGCAAAAGAAAUCAUGAUAAGAAUGGCAACGGAGGCGUUCCGCGCGGAAAGAUGCUAAAGGGACGUCGACUAACCAGAAGUGAUAAGAUGAUAAACCACGUGGAGAGAGAAUUGCAUCAUGUUGGGAAGAGGACCAGUGCCCGAGUUUGGAUAGUUGGUUGUUUGAUUCUGAAGGGAGAGAAAGAACACGACGAGAUCAGAGGCCAAAACAGGGUACGAGGAUUGGGGACACGGUGCUACAACACGAGGUUGCGAAGGCUUAGAGUCGGAUCGAACAGAGUACGAACUGGAUUUCGGGUUCUUUGGAGUCGUAAAGAAGUCAGGUCACAUUCAGAAUUAACAACUGUUCGGCAAUCACGAAUCGGGUAGGCAAUGAAAUGCAGUAGCCUCAGGAGGGCUUUCUUCUUUCUUUCUUCCUCUCCCUACUUCCUGCUCCUCGUUCAUUUUGCAUCAUAAAGGAAAGAGCGACAUUUACACAUUGAAAGUUUCGUAACCUUUUCGCAUUCACAUACUUCAUAGUGAUAAACUGCCUGGUAUUUUCCGCCUGAGAAAUCAGUCCUAGGUUCAGCGCGCAGUGUGCUCUCCUCGCAAACAUGUGCUCUUGUCCUCCUUCAUGAGCAACUCAACAACAAGUUGUGCUCAUCGUCAAUGUUGCUCCGACGACCUUUCCCAUUCUCUUCUCCUUUUUCUCAGCGCUUCCCGUCAAGAGACGCAGACAGAGUGAACAGUACGGGAGGGGCGGGGCUUGUCGGAGGUGGGAGGUGCUGCAGGAGACCUCCUUCCGUCAGUCAGUCAGUCAGUCAAACAGUCCGUUUCGAGACAUGAGUGCCCUUGUCUCCUCACCAAUCAUGCCUUCCACAUUCAACGAGAACGUGGCCCCCGAGUGCCGUCGGAAUCUGCUUCCACGCUUCGGCGCCACCGCCCCCCGUCCCCGUGCCGCCGUUACUCCGGUCGUCAGGACGCCUUCUGCUUCUUCCUAUUCUGAUUAUUUCUGUUCGCCGUCCGGAUCGGCCAUUCUGUCCAGACCCUCCAGUUUGACCGACCUUCCGAUUCUUCUGAAAGACGAAGAUGACACUCCGAACCUCGAAUCCACCUGCAACCAGUCGAUUCUCGCUCACCUCAAGUUCCACGAGGGUCUCCUUGGACUCAAAUCUCCCUUGAAGACGUCGUUGAAGAAGUUACCCCCGAAAGCGGCGCUUGUGAUCCGUCCUCAGAUGUUCUUGAACACGAGAAAUCCUAUGGUUGAGCGGUUCCGCAGGUCAAGGACCCGCCAGUUCUUCAGCCCUUAUGCAAAAGUGAGUUACUCCUUCCUUCCCAGCUCCAAAUAUUCUUCGUUGAUCUUUCCUCUCGUCUGAAAAUAGAAACUUCUUCCCUUUCAAGCCAAGUUUCAAUUUCAAUUCCUCACUGCCGCCUAUCAGCUGUCUUAUCAUUUUCCGCAUAGAUAGACGCCGUCGCCCGCAUAGUAUAUUACAGUUUUUGUUGAAUUCUUGACCUUGUUUCUUUGCUAUCGCCGUAUUAUUGACUAGAUCACUUUCGAAAAGUUGCGAAACCAUCACCAGCACCAACCGUGGCGGUUUGGUCUUGUUUUGGUCUCUUCCGACUGGACAGAGCCCGUGCAAACAGACACGCAGCCUCGUUUUUUUUCACACUUCGAUCUCGUCGUUCCCCUAAAACCGGAUCCGACGAUCCCAUUCGGUGUUUGAGUUAGAUGACUCAUCCCUCAUUUACAUUCCAUAAAUUUUCGCCGCCGCGCACGUUUUGACACCUUGCGCGCAUGCCGCACAGAGAGUGGGCGUUAAGAUGAUUCCGCGAAUUCCAUUCCUAGCUGACGUCGCUUCAUACCGUAGUCCGUAGUUUCGUCCUCCCACUCGUUCUCUUCUUUCCGUUUUUGAACGAACGACCUUCUUUUCUCGUUCCAUUUGAGCCGUUCCCACAGUAACAAUGAAAUGAGUAAUCGACGGUCGCAUUGCUGCGAGAUUCAAAUGGUAACCGGCCGACCGACCAAUUCAUACUCGUGUAUGUCUUGCCGGGGCUUACUUGCGUCAAGCCGCAAUCUGCCGGAAUUGCGCCAUCUUUUAUAUACAAACAGACACGGACCACCAAUAACAAUCCGACUGUUUUCCUCUUUUGAAUCUCUUACAUAUGGCGCAACCUAAGGUCAAUACGAGAGUGGCGCAAUCAGCAAUUAAGAGUCUAGUGGGCGGGGCUAUUAAGUGGUCCGUUUUGAAUUGGUCCGACCUCUAGAUAUGUCUGUCUCAAGGCCAUCAUUCAUAAUUGGAAUUUCAGGAAAUCGGAGCGAUCCAAGCACUCAAGGAAGUGGCCUCCUCUCCCGACGAAACAGCCGCCAAGUUCGCCUCGGAAGCACUGACCGUCAUCGGAGAAGAGGUUCCCUACAAACUGGCCCAACAAGUGCCCGGAUGGACCUGUGCUGAUGUCCAAUACUGGGUCAAAAAAAUUGGAUUCGAGGAUUAUUCCAGCCGAUUUGCCGCCGAAAUGGUCGACGGAGAUCUUCUUUUGCAGCUGACCGAAAACGAUCUGAGGAUAGACUUGCAUAUGGUUUCUGGGAUUCAUCGGAAGAGGUUCCUCCGCGAGCUGCAGACUCUGAAAGUCGCUGCCGAUUACUCGUCGGUCGACGAAUCCAAUUUGGAUAACUUCCUGAUGGGACUGAGCCCCGAGCUCUCCGUCUACACCUACCAAAUGCUCACCAACGGAGUCAACAGAUCUCUUCUUCCUUCGCUCACCGACGAAAUGAUGCAGAAUGCGUGCGGAAUCACCAACCCGAUCCAUCGGCUGAAGCUGACGCAAGCCUUCGAGAAUGCGAAACACCCGGAUGACGUGGAAGUGGCGAUGCUCUCCAAACAGAUCGACGUGUUCAUCUCGUACCGUCGAAGCACCGGAAACCAGCUGGCCAGCCUCAUCAAGGUCCUUCUGCAGCUCCGCGGAUACAGAGUCUUCAUCGACGUCGACAAGCUCUAUGCCGGAAAGUUCGACAGUUCACUACUAAAGAACAUCCAGGCGGCGAAGCAUUUCAUUCUGGUGCUCACUCCGAACUCUCUCGACCGUCUUCUCAACGACGAUAACUGCGAGGACUGGGUGCACAAGGAGCUGAAGUGCGCAUUCGAGCACCAGAAGAACAUCAUCCCGAUCUUCGACACUGCGUUCGAAUUCCCCACGAAAGAGGACCAGAUCCCGAUGGACAUCCGCAUGAUUACCAAGUACAACGGAGUCAAGUGGGUGCACGACUACCAGGACGCCUGCAUGGCCAAGGUCGUCCGAUUCAUUUCCGGAGAGCUCAACAGAUCGACGCCCACUCAGAAAGAAGUGAGUAGUGUGCUGCUCGUUGCGAACCCUCCGCAAUGCGCCCUCUUUCAGAUGCCGACGAUCAGUCGGAAGACGACGAGUCAAAAGUGGCAGACGAACAUCCGCACGGGCGCCUCUUCCCGCAGCAUUAACAACCAGAGAAUGGAGCCGCCGACGCCCACUUGUAAGUGAACUCGCCUCGGGCUCUCGCUUGCUCACUUCCAAUCUCUUAGACUUUUCAGUCACCCCAACCGGCUCGCAGGAACGCGGAUCCGUCCGUCGGAAGAUCCAAUCGUCCGUGUCGACAGUAUCCGAUCGGGUCUCCUGA